AUGGCUUUCACCAGGCAUUAUCCUCACAGUGGCUUUAUCUAUGAUCCACUUAUUCAACCAACAAAACCAAUUCAGCAUAUUAACCAGUUAGACAGCCCACGUUUUCAACAAAUACCAAAAGGAAGAUUUGAUACUACUUAUCGUACGGAAUAUAGUAAUAGACAACGUCAUCCUAAAGACACUUAUCCGACAAAACAGUUCAGCAAUGCAUUGAAUCAAUAUUCAGUUUUGCCUCCGAUAGCUGCCGGAAAAGUGGAAACAUAUCGGGAUAAGUCGCAAUAUCAACAACAGCAGCAGCAACAACAACAACAACAGCAACAACCACAGCAGCAACAACAGCAACAACAACAACUAAAUGAUCAAGAAGUACCUGGCAAUUAUUUGAAUAAUAACGAGCACUUUGAUGUACCACCAGUGAAUUCAUUAGGACAAGAUUAUAAUCAAAAUGAACAACAAGAUCAAUCUCAGAUGGAUAAUAAUUAUAACUAUCAGCAAAGGCCAACAACCGAUAAUCAUUUACCAAAUGAACCAAUUCUUUUAACCGAAUUUGAAGAACGCCAAUUAGCAAGUGAAAUACAAAAUCAGCUAGGACCGCAAGCUAUUGAUCGAUUAAAAAUCUUUUAUCAAGAAUUAGCCAAUUAUGAUCCAAAAAUGACAGGUUAUGUGCAUCAUUCUCAUAUCAGAAUGACGUCAAAUAGACUGGGAUUAAAUUUGUCUGAUGAUACAUUACGUUUUGCUAUGUGUAAAUUUGUUUCGUCUGAUCAACCACGAGGCUACGUCAAUUAUGAAGACAUGAUCCGAUAUUUUGGAAAAUGUUUAUCAUCUCUAGCACCAAAUCAAUAUGGACAAGAUCGUUAUUCACAACAACCACAAUAUCAAUACAAUAAUAAUAAUAAUAAUAAAAGUCCUAGUUCACAAAAAAAUCCAAAUUCGAAUGCUAAUAGUAUUAUUAGUAUUAAUAAAUAUGAAAAUCUUGAAGACCGAUUCGAUCCUGAUGAACGACAAAUACGAACUUUAAUAAAACAAACUAUCAAACAAUUUGAACUGGAUGGAACAGUUGAUUUUCAAAAGUUACUUCGAGAACUUAGUUUAACGGAUCGCGCUCAAAGUGGUGUAUUAAAUCGUCAACAAAUCGAAGAAGUUAUCUAUAAAACGCGUAUACCAAUGCAACGUUCAUUAAUAUAUGCAAUAUUAGAAAAACAUUGUAAAGCGUAUGGUGGAUUAUACAAAUGGCAAAAUUUUGUUUGGUAUCUUCAACAACAAAUACAGGAUGUUAAACAAAAUAAAGUCAGUCCAAAAUAUGAACAACAAGAUAUAAAACGACAAAUGUAUGAUCGUAAUACUCAAUUAGAUUCUUUAAGAAAUGAAUUCCAUGAGCAAGAUCGUCUAAGACAAAUUGAACGACAAAUCGCUAAUCUGGAACAGAUAAAAUGGGAAACAAAACAACGAAUCCAAUCGGCUGAUCAUGAAGGUCGAACAUCAAACACUUGGUUUAUGCGAUUUAUGCGUUUAGCUAAUGCAAUGUAUACUCAUAGAACAAAUUCAAAUACUGGCAUGGACUUCCUAUUACCAAAAGAAGAAGCAAGACGUUUAAUAAUGGCUUAUAAUGUUGUUAAUGAGUUAAACCUUGAAGAUUCAGAAGUAAAUAAUGCAAUUCAAUCUUGUACAAGAGCAGGUCAUGUUGUGAUUGAUGAUUUAUUGAAAGUAUUAUGCAAAGUCAACUGA